CGGGAAGAACACACACACGUCACUGCGCGUCACUCACUAUGUCUGUACUACCGGUGUGUUUGUACAUGAACCACACAUGAGCCAUCCAGCCGACCUGCAGUGAAUAUGCAUCGUCUUAAACACUUAUUAAAUGUGCCUCGUGGGACUAUAUCGCGGUCCGGGUCGAAGCGGGUCAGCACGGUGGGGGCGUCCGUGAAGACGACGGGAAAUGCGGCCCGGGCGCGAGAGAAGACCCUGACCAUGGCGACCUUAAACCCGCAGGUGAAGGCGGUGGAGUACGCCGUGAGAGGACCCAUCGUCACCAGGGCGGGGGACAUCGAGAGGGGGCUGCAGCAGGGAGUGAAGCAGCCUUUCACUGAAGUCAUCAAAGCCAACAUCGGUGAUGCCCACGCUACGGGCCAGCAGCCAAUUACUUUUCUUCGUCAGGUGGUGGCUCUGUGUUGUUUCCCAGAACUGCUGGAGAGUCCAGCUUUCCCUGAUGAUGCCAAGCAACGAGCCCAGCGCAUUCUCCAUGACUGUGGGGGACAGAGCCUAGGCUCGUACAGUGCCAGCCAGGGGGUGGAGUGUAUCCGUCGGGAUAUCGCUGACUACAUAACCCGUAGAGACCAGGGUGUACCUUCUGAUUGGAACAGCAUCUACCUCACCACAGGGGCCAGUGAUGGCAUCAUGAGCAUCUUGAAGCUGAUGGUAUCGGGUCAGGGCGCCUCCAGGACCGGCGUGAUGAUUCCCAUCCCUCAGUACCCGCUCUACUCAGCUGCCAUAUCAGAGCUGGAGGCGGUGCACGUCCACUACUACCUGGAUGAGGACAAUUGCUGGGCGUUGGAUAUCGAGGAACUGCAGCGAGCUUACCUGGCGGCAAAACAGCAGUGCCAGCCCAGAGUCCUCUGCAUCAUAAACCCCGGAAACCCCACUGGUCAGGUGCAGAGUAAGAAGUGUAUUGAAGAGGUGCUCAACUUCGCCUAUGAGGAGAAUCUGUUUGUCAUGGCUGACGAGGUUUACCAGGACAACGUGUACUCGCCAGACUGUCAGUUCCACUCCUUUAAGAAGGUCCUCUAUGAGAUGGGCCCAGAGUACUUUAACAAUGUCGAGCUGGCCUCCUUCCACUCAACUUCCAAGGGCUACACUGGAGAAUGUGGUUUCCGUGGAGGCUACAUGGAGGUGUUGAACAUGGAUCCACAGGUGGAGGCCCAGCUGGUCAAACUACUCUCUGUUCGCCUUUGCCCUCCUGUCCCUGGACAGGCAGCAAUGGACGUCAUUGUUAAUCCCCCCAAAGUGCAUGAGCCCUCGUAUGCUCAGUUUAUUAAGGAGAAGAGCUCGGUCCUAGAUGUCCUGGCUCACAAGGCCGGGUUUACGGAGCGAAGCCUAAACUCAGUGCCUGGGAUUAAAUGCAACCCAGUCCAAGGAGCCAUGUAUGCCUUUCCUCAGAUCUUCAUCCCACCACAAGCAAUUCAGGCAGCCCAGUCCCUGUCUAUGGCUCCUGACAUGCUGUACUGUCUCGAACUGCUGGAGGAAACCGGUAUCUGUGUGGUUCCAGGAAGUGGAUUUGGCCAGAAGGAGGGAACCUUUCACUUCAGAAUGACCAUCCUGCCGAGCCCAGAGAAGCUAGAAGUCCUCUUAGGGCAACUGAAGGUAUUCCACCUCAGAUUCCUUGAAAAGUAUUCACAACAGGAACCUCCGAUCCCCAGAACCACCCAAGACCAGCACAGAGAAUCGUCAGGGCAACCAGACUGAUGCUUCAAUUUAAAGCUUGUUGAAAUGUUAAUAUUGCUAACGAUUCUUUUAAAUUUAGUUUACUUGUUUUUCAAAUUUUUUGAACCGGUCUAGACAUGUGGUCCUCUCCUCAAAGCCCUAAUUGAAGGACACACGGAAUAGUGACUUAGGAAGCUCAUGCUCAUUCUUCUCUAAGUAUCCGUCCGUCAGGCUUUCAUUGAUCUGUGGCUCUUACAGUGAACUUCCACUAUCAAUUUUGCAUUCAAACAUUUCAGUUGUAUGCCUCUACAAAUGCCUUUUAGUGCAGUUACAAUGUUUUCCGAUGUGAUGUUUUGGUUGAUUUGAUAUUGCCUUAUAUAACAAUAAAAGGGUUGGUUCACUCGCAUUACUAUAUAAAUGAUUUAUUGUGACACUGGUAGAUAGUUGUUUUCUAACUGCUUUUCUGUCUCUGAGAUUUCUGCAC